AUGGAACCGAGGAACAAUGUCACUCACUUUGUCCUUUUGGGCUUCACGCAGAACCCAAAGGUGCAGAAAGUACUUUUUGUCACAUUCUUGUCCUUCUGCAUUUUGACCAUGGUGGGAAAUUUGCUCAUCGUCAUGACUGUGACUGUCAGUAAGACCCAGGACUCCCCAAUGUACUUCUUUCUUGCUAAUUUAUCACUUACUGACAUUGUUUAUUCAUCAGUCAUUUCUCCAAAGUUGAUUUCAGACUUACUCUUUGGGAGGACUGUCAUAUCCUUCCUGUUUUGUAUGAUUCAGCUCUUCACAGAACACCUCUUUGGCUGGUCGGAGGUCUUCCUCCUGCUGGCCAUGGCCUAUGACCGCUAUGUGGCCAUCUGCAAACCACUGCAUUACUCAGUCCUCAUGAGGCAAUGGGUGUGUGUGCUGUUGCUGGUAGUGUCCUGGGCUGGAGGCUUUUUACACUCAAUGAUUCAACUCAGCACUGUGUAUGGACUCCCAUUCUGUGGUCCCAAUGUCCUCGAUCAUUUCAUGUGUGACAUGUACCCCUUGCUGAAACUCGUCUGCACGGACACCUGUGUCAUUGACAUCUUAGUGGUGUCCAAUGGAGGACUGAUCUGCUCCGUCGUGUUUGUGCUCCUGCUCAUCUUGUAUGGGCUCAUCUUGCACUCUCUGAAGAACCUUAGUCAGGAAGGGAGGCGGAAAGCUCUCUCCACCUGUGGCUCCCACAUCACUGUGGUUAUCUUCUUCUUUGUACCCUGUAUUUUCAUGUAUGCAAGACCAGCUAAGAUUUUCCCGAUAGACAAGCCAUUGAGUGUGUUUUACACCAUCAUCACCCCCAUGCUGAACCCCCUAACCUACACCCUGAGAAACUCAGAGAUGACAAAUGCUAUGAAAAAACUCUGGACAAGGAAAGCCUUACCCAAUAAAUGA